AUGAAUAAUCCUCAUGGCUCUGACGCGGACUCGGAGGGCACCCCCCCUUAUCAUACCUUCUCCCAAUCCGCGGCCUCGUCUAUGAAAGCCAUGUAUUCUGGUGCAAGCACCCCCAGUGGAACCAAGACUCCUCGAACACCGGGCAUGACAGAGGAACGGGUUGCACUACUUGGUGGUGCGGAGGAAGACGUCGAGCAGGCAUCGCGAGCCUAUGGAACGAGGUCGUCGAUAACGGGCCAGUUAUUUCCUCCAACACGAAGGAACUCAACGUGGGCGAAGGUGAAGUAUUACGUUCCAUCAUUUGGCUGGAUACCGCAGUACUCGCUCUCGCUAUUCGGCGGGGACUUCCUUGGAGGGCUCACGGUAGCAUGUAUGCUCAUUCCUCAGUCUGUUUCGUAUGCUACUUCUCUCGCAAAGCUGAGUCCUGUUACUGGCCUGUUCUCGGCUUCUAUACCCGGGAUGGUAUACGCUCUUCUUGGUACUUCUCGCCAGCUAAACGUCGCGCCAGAAGCGGCUCUCUCUCUUCUAAUCGGUCAAACCGUUGACGAAAUCUGCCACUCCGACCCACACUCCCACCAUUUAGACCGAAAUACGAUCGCGCUCGCUGUGACGACGAUAAUUACGUUCCAGAUGGGAUUAAUCAGCUUCCUUUUGGGUUUUUUCCGACUUGGUUUCUUGGACGUAGUGCUCAGUAGGGCGCUCUUACGUGGGUUUGUCACUGCCGUGGCGCUGGUGAUCAUGAUAGAACAACUCAUACCCAUGUUGGGUCUUUCUGCAAUUCAGCACAAUUAUGAAUUGCACUCAGCCGUGGACAAGGCGUUGUUCAUCGUUAACAACGUUUUCACCCAUGGUCACCGCGCCACGACUAUUAUCAGCUUUGGCGCGCUGUUCGUCUUGGUCUUCUUGAGAAAUAUGAAGGGACCAUUCAAGAAUUACUGGUUUAUAUACCGUCUCCCAGAAGUGCUUGUGGUGGUUGUACUCUCAACGAUUUUAUCAGACAAGUUCGACUGGGAUCAGGCCGGUGUGGAAAUCUUAGGGAGUGUCCCAAUCAACACAGGGUCGUCACUCUUACAGUUUCCAGUUCACAAGCUCACAAUAAAAUACAUGAAGCGAACCACGUCAACCGCGCUCCUCUGUGCUAUCAUAGGCUUCCUUGACAGUAUAGUCUCUGCCAAGCAGAACGCAGCCCUCUACGGUUACACCAUCAGCCCGAACAGGGAGCUCGUCGCACUUGGAACUGGAAAUCUUGUCGCAUCGUUCAUCCCUGGAACCUUGCCUGCUGGUGGCUCCAUCACUCGAUCGAGGGUUAACGGCGAUGUUGGGGCAAGAACCCAAAUGUCUUCAUUAGUGUGCUCCGCGAUUGUUCUCCUUGCAAUAUUCUUUCUCCUCCCUUGGCUAUACUACCUGCCGAAAUGUGUUCUUGCAUCGGUGAUAUGCCUCGUCGUCUUUACUCUUUUUGCGGAGGUGCCUCACGACGUCAUCUUCUAUUGGAGACUGCGCAGUUGGGUCGACUUACUCUUGAUGGCUCUCACGUUCGUCUUCACCGUUGUCUGGAAUGUCGAGGUUGGGGUCGCGGUCAGCUUGGUCAUUUCUCUGUUGCUAGUCGUGCAUCGAUCAUCGAAGACACGGAUGACCAUUCUGGGCCAUAUCCCGGGUACGGACAGGUGGAAAUCCAUUGAUGAGAACCCUGAUGCUGAAGAGGAUGUCGCCGGUGCACUGAUUGUGCGCAUUCGUGAAAAUUUGGACUUCGCCAACACGGCACAGCUGAAAGAGCGCCUUCGUCGAUUGGAACUCUAUGGCAACGACAAACAUCAUCCGUCCGAUGAGCCGCUUCGGCAUAAUGCCAGCGUUCUCGUGUUCCAUCUUGCAGAUGUUGAUAGCAUAGACGCUUCUGCAACUCAGAUUUUCUACGAACUAGUGGAGACUUACAAAAGCCGCGGGGUAGGUCUAUAUAUCACCCAUCUCAAGCCGGGGCCCCGCGAAUCCUUUGAGCGUGGUGGGAUUAUUACACUCCUUGGUGACAAGGCUUUCUGCAAGGAUGUCGCAAGCGCCAUGGCGCGUAUCGAGCAGUCCAUGCGAGAGCGUUAA